CCCUCCACCCCACCACGCUGAAAUGCGCCCCUAACCCUCACCACCCUCACCACAAACCUCACCACACGUCACGUCACCCCCCACAACCCCCAACAAUGCCCACCACCCUCGAAGCCAAAAUCGUCGUCCUCGGCGCCCAAGGCGUCGGCAAAACCUCCCUCGUGCACCGCUACAUCUACUCCACCUUCCUCCCCCCACACCCCUCCACCAUCGGGGCUUCCUUCUUGACGAAACGAAUCCACGACACCGAUUCCAACACUCUGGUGCGCCUCCAACUCUGGGAUACCGCUGGGCAGGAGCGGUUUAGGUCGAUUUCACGGUUGUAUUAUAGGGGUGCCAAUGCGUGUAUUAUUUGUUAUUCUAUUACCGAUGCAGCCAGCUUCGAGGAGAUGGGGAGGUGGCUAGCGGAGCUACGGCGGGAGUUGGGCGAGGACGUGAUACUGCACAUCGUUGGGACUAAGGCAGAUAUUGUGGCGAGGGAGCCGGGGAGGAGAGAAGUCCCCUUCGAGCGCUGCAUCGCCUACGUAGCAGAGAACUUGUACCCGGCGCUUAGCUCGACGCCCCCCCCGACCGCCACAGCAGACGGCGCCGGUUUCGGUGGCCGCUCGCGCACAACGAGUGGUGGGGCGGGGGAGCUGAGGAGUCCAGGCGCUACUAGCAAACGCAGCAGCGGGUUCUGGGGACAGGAUGUCGGGUGGGACUGCUGUCACGAGAUCUCCGCCGAGAGCGGCGAAGGUGUGGGUGAAGUCUUUCGAGUCGUUACACGGAAAUUGGUGGAACAAGCCAGGAAACGGGAGGAGGAAGGAGAGGGGGCUGCUGGGGCGGAGGACGGAGGGGAGUAUUCUGGAGGGGAGGCGGGGAGGGGGAGUUUUAGGGUGGGCAGGGAUAGGAGGAGUUGGUUGGGGUUUCCGACGGGGAUUGGGAUGGAGGAUGUCAUUGAGGACGGUGGGGGACCGAUGCCAGCGGCGGGGAAGGGGAAGGGGAGGGGGAGGAAGUGUUGUUAG